CAGUGACGACCGCCGAUUCGAAAGCAUCGAAGCAGAAUUGUAAGUGAAUCAGGGGCCGGUGGCUGCGAUGUGCUGAUCUCCUCCGCCGCCGUUGCUCAGCUUUGUUUGGUCGAGAGGGAGCAAGGGUGGUGUUCGUCCGGCCAUCUCACCGCCGCCACCGGCCACCGCCGCGCCGACGAGUCGAGCUCAGGCCUGGAAGCUUCCGACGCGCACCACCUGUUCGACGGAAUGCCUCGCACAAGCAGGGCAGAGAAAUCGUUGAAGUCCUGCAACGAGGACCGGAUCAGCGCCCUGCCGGACGACGUCCUGCGCCAUGUUCUUGGCUUCCUGCCGGCGGAUGAGGCAGUGCGCACCUGCCUGCUUGCCCGGCGCUGGCGCUACCUUUGGAAAUCCAUGCGCCGUCUUCGCAUCAACAAAAUUGGGAGGUGGGGGAGCAGCUCUGGCGUUUUCCUUACCAAGUUUGUGAGCUGCAUGCUGCUUCUCCGAGACCCUGGCUCAACUCUAGAUGAGGUCGAGAUCGAGUAUGAACGUCAUUUUGACGACGAUCAUACUUGGACAUCAACAUGGAUCCAUCAUGCUUUGUCAUGCCAAGCUCAGGUCCUCACUGUCAAGUUCCCUUUGCAUCAGUUCUUGGUCUGCUAUUUGGACGGCCCUCCUCUUGUCUCCCGGUAUUUAAGAAGAUUGCAGGUUUCUGAUGUGACGUUGAAAAGCAACUUCCUAAAAUUUUCAAGCUGUUCAGCACUGGAGUAUCUGAAGAUAAAAGACAGCAACUUAGAGACUGUGAGUAGCGUCCUUUCCCAGUCUUUAAAGCAUCUGAGCAUCGAGGAUUGUUAUUUAAAAAAUGAUGGCCGGAUUCGUAUUUCUGUCCCAAAUCUUGUUUCACUGCAACUCAUAUCAUGUGGAGGUAGAGUCCCAUUGCUCGAAGGCAUGCUGUCAUUAGAAACCGCAGUUGUCAGGCCUCAAGUCUGCUGGAAGGAUUGCUGUCUUGAAGGUGUGGCUGAGGGGUGUUGUGGUACUUGUGCGAAUUGUUGUGGUAAUGAUGACCACAAUGGUGGCUGUAUACUUUUUGGAGGUCUGUCUCGUGCUAAAAACCUGGAGUUGACAGCUGAUCCGGAAAUGUUUAUUUUCAGAAGGGAUUUGAGGUGGUGCCCUACAUUUAGUAGGUUAAAGACAUUGUUGCUGAGCGAGUGGUGUGUGCAACCUGACCUCCAUGCACUAGUUUGUAUGCUUGAACAUUCACCGGUUCUUGAGAAUCUGACACUUCAAUUGUGUGAGCAAGAAAAAACUAUAUAUGGAAUGGAAGUGGAAGAAAAUCCUGGUUUGAUGGAGAAACCAGCUGCUAUUUCGGGAUACCUGAAGACUAUCGAAGUCAAAUGUGAAGAGGUUGAUAACAGAGUUUGCAAAGUUCUGAAGUUCUUGAGUACAUUUGGCAUUGCAAUUACUAUCCAAAGGACUAACAGAUAGUCGGAGAAAAUUUUUCAAGAGUUGAUGACGAGCUUUUGGGCUGCUGAUGGAUGUACCAACCAACCAUUCAGUUCCGGAGGUGGUGAGGCGAGGAGCUUUGUGCUGUCGAUGGAUGAGCAUUCAGGAAUGAAAAAGCUCGUCGCUAUCUUUGUUCCGUGUGAACUUUCGUAAUUUGCAACUCGAAUCCAUUUAGAUGUCUAAACUGAUUACUCUGCUUAGGGUAAUGUACUCCUACUAAUAUUGUUGACCGUAGAAUCGGCGAAAAAGAAAGUGGAACAGACUGUAACACAAACAUGAGUUAUUGGGUUUGU